AUGUCCGAAGAAGGAGGAGCAUAUGAUAUGACGACGUCUCGGUUGGAAGAUGAUCGGAAGGAGUUUAUCGAUUACUGGCGUACAGCGGCCAAAUCCGAUGCACUGAUCACAAAGAAGCGUUUCAUACCUCAUUUCCAUAGUGAAGCAGCGGCCGAUGCUUUCUACCAAGGUGCAUUGCCUGAUUGGCCCUCAGUUGUUGAUUUUAAUGAUCAAAAACGAUUUUACCUGGUGAAUGAAUCAGACUUGCUAGCCAAUGAUUGGAUUCGUUUGUAUUUGGAACUUGCAGUUUGUGUACGUCUUAGGACGCCUUCAGAGAGGGAUCUGUCCAAGUUGCAGAUUCUGAAAGUGGCAAUAGAAACCAAGGAAGAAGAUGUGCAGCCGCCAAAUGCGAGACUCGAGGCCAAAUGUGCAAUUCUCUACAUAACGUUUAGAGGGUUGGCCGAGGCUCCGAUUGGUGAUGAGGUUGGUGAGCAUGUUGAACGAAAAGCCAUAGUUAGAAGAGUCCUCGAUGAGCGUUCAGAAUACUUGACUUUACGAGGUGGGUUUUCCAUUGGAGAAAAGGCUUUGAAUACUGAGCAACCUGUGAGUGGAGUAGAAGCUCUGGACGAUGAUGAGCAAAGUUCUGAAAAACGACCUCGCUUACACUAA